AUGUCCCAAAAUAUUUCUCUACUGAAGCCAGAAUAUCCUCCUACUUCUCCAACUGCUCUCAAGCACAACUCUUUGGACUCAUCAUCUUAUUCUUCUACGUCUCCAGGAGCAGAAGGAUCCCCCCAAUCAGGUGCUGACCCGCUGCAUCCCAACGCAAAGACAACAACAACUACACAGAGCAACGGUGCCACUACUACGAAACAGAAUAUGUCCACUCCAACUUGCAAAAAUUGCAAAACACAGACUACACCACUGUGGCGUAGAGACGAGACAGGACAAGUUUUGUGUAAUGCUUGCGGCCUCUUCUUAAAGUUACAUGGGCGCCCAAGACCGAUUUCAUUGAAAAGCGACGUCAUCAAGUCCAGAAACAGAGUGAAACAUUCCAAUUCGAAAUCAAAUCCAAAUACUCCAGAAUUGAAGGCGAAGGAUUCCAGCAGUAAUGGUAAAGUCACCAAAUUUUCUCCAAAACAGUACAAACCAAACACCAAGUCACAACAGCAACAAGGUGCUCAGUCGAAGGACUCUUCGCCAGUGUUAAAUCCCGCUCAAGAAAAUGCUGGGAAUUACAAUGCUGACAGCAAGUCACCAGCUGUCAUGCCUCUAUUACCGCGCAAUCAUCAAGAACCAAACGGACAACAAAGUCCUGGGACACCUUACGCGUUUUCCUCUACAAAUUCUUGGUUGAACAAAGGUCAAAAUAACGUGCAACCUCUUCAUUAUCCUUCUUCUGCUCCGACCCAGUUUGCUCCAAAUUUGGCUAGGGUUACAUCUCCGUUACUGCUCUCUACAGCCAGUGCGAAUGUUUCCACUCCACAAUUCAAUCAGCCACAGUCAUCGGAAAGAUCAAGCUCUCAAAAGUUUGGUAGAGAUGCUAUGCUGAAUGCAGCAGGUGCCUUGGAAACUCUUAGUCAACAAGGUUCCAACGAGAAGAUUCCGGGCAUGCGACUCGACAAUGAGCCAGCAAGCAAACCGCUUUCUCCUCAACCUCAAAAACUUCCAUCCAUCUCCAGCAUCAGUAAACCAUUCUCGCCAGCCACCGAGCUCAACAACCAUGCCACCCCACCAUUUGGACCUACCAAGUUUACCUCUUUGGAACAUGGCCACCAACCUUCACCUCUUCAAUCUAUCUUAUCACCAAGCUUUGGUCCACAAUAUUCGUUGAAUAAUUCUUCAUCACAAUUUAUGUCAAAUACUAGCGAAAAGCUACCUCCGAUCAAGAAUUUCACGAUGAAUGGCAAUAUGCAAACGAAUAACAAAGCAAUGUCGCCGAUGAUGAUGCCGUCUGACAGCUCCAAAAAUAAGAAUAAUGUUUCUACGUCAGAGCAAAGAACGUACUCUUCAGUCUCAUCUUCAGAGGACCUUCGAACCCGAAUCUCUGAGCUCGAAUUGGUGAACGAUUUGUACAAGACCAGAAUUUCGGAGUUGGAAGCUAUGGAUGCAGCAUCGAAACAAAGAGAAGCUCUUUUGAAAAGACGUAUCGAUGAAUUGUCGGAAGUUUUGAAGCAAAAAGAUGCAAAAAAGAACCCAGAACACCGCCUUCUUUCACAGCAGCAUGGGAAUGAGGCCAAGCGUGUAAAAGUUGAACAACAUUAG